CCACCAUCAACCUCAUGGACCUUGGAGGCCCUGAAUAUCUACCCCACAACCUUGUUAUCUUCCAUUCCCUCUCUCUCACACACUUUUUAUCGUAUACAUCAUUUCCAUCCAUUCCUGCUUUCUCUAACUACGCUCUGCACCCUUGCUUGAAGAGCUAUUAGCUCUUGACUUCUUGAAGAAACAUGCCGGCUUUGUUUUCGAAGCGAGACUGCUUCACCACACCGUCAGGGCGUCUGUACUGCGACUCUGCCUGGUAUAGCUGGGCGCGUUGGGUCUUCUUAGCAAUCCUUAUUGCCAGUGCUUUUCUACUCUUCUUCGCCUUCUCAUGUAUAUCUGCCCGUCGACGACGCAGUAGGGGCAUGCAACCCUACAUGGGUACUGGCUGGGCUGCCAAUAUGGGCCCAUGGGGCAAACCAGGAGACCAACGACCUGCUCCGCAGUAUCAGUACCAACAGCCUCCUCCACCGCAAUACACAUCAGGGCCGUAUUACGGAGGGUAUGCCAACAACCAGGCCCCCGGCGAGACCAGCCAACAACAGACGGGGAUCGAGCUGCAGCAACCACAGCAUGCGUACCGGGGAGACGGAGUAUAUGAGCCUCCAUCGGGACCUCCACCGCAAAAGACGAUCUGAGAUGGAACAAUUUUAGACGGGUAUUUUCAUAAUUGAUCCAAGGCAUAGAGUGGUCAGAGAAGUCGCCCUCGGGAACGAAGAGAACUACCAGAAUGAUGGUUGCCUGGUGCGCACUUUCAGCAUCUGCUCCCAGAUUAAGCCAUGCAUGUCUAAGUAUAAGCAAUUUGUACGGUGAACUCUUGUGCUCUGCAUGCUGUGUGAAUAACUAGUAUCACUGUUCCCCGUUUCCUCAGCCUGAUUCAGAGCCGGGUGUUUUCUUUCUCUCCUCUAUGAAAGUUUGUUCAUAUUGCACGGAAAUUUUACGGGCGCUUCUAAGAAUUGAUGGUUAGUUAACU